AUGAUUUGUGCACUCAGAAGCUGGGCAGCUCUCCAAAGGUGUAACAGGAACACUAGUUCAAAGGCAGCUGAAGUUGCUCAACUUCCUUCUUGUCUGUUUAGUUGUCUGUGUAGUAAAGGCAGCGAGCAGCUAAUCUUCACUAAGCGACUCAUUACAUCCAGCUUCACUUCUGCAGCCAUCAUUAUGGAUCAUGUCAAGAAAAAACUGUUGAAGACAAGACAUAAAACUAGGUUCUGUGGAGACAAGUCAUGGCUGGAAGAAGCCAUCAUGGAAAUAUGGGAUGGACGGAGACGAAAAAGCAAAGUGAAUAUUUCAAAUCAGAGAAGAUUUCCCCAUGUACUGAUGGAAGAAAUUGAUAAUAACGAAAAGCAGAUAGUUGUUUGGGUCGGCCAAGAAGAAAAGAUAGUCUGUGGACUAACAAGGCACACAACCAGUGAAGAAGUGGUAGAAGCACUUCUUGAAGAAUAUCAAGCUUCAGCUAAAAGCACCAGUGUUCUAUUUGGUAGUCACAAGGAAUAUUGUAUUAUGGAGAUCUGGAAAAACUCCAAGCGUAUUUUGCCUCCUUCACUAAAAAUGUUAAAGCUUUUGAAGUCAUGGGGGGAAGAAGAAAGUAAUGUGAGUUUUUUCCUAUUGAAAACAUAUACAUUGUAUCCAUGCUCAAUGUGGUGGUCUUCACAAAAAAGCAUAGCCCCCAACAACUGCAGGAUUGCAGCAUUUCAUGUUAAGGAUCUUCCACUAGAUAUGAGAAGAAGAAUUGUAAGAAAAGCAUUUAAAAAAAUGGAAAAAAUAAAAAAAGAGAUGAAAAGCCCCAAAGAAAACAAUAUACAGCAACUUGUAGAUAUAAUAGAGUAUCAAGAGGACAUCAUUAGACAGCAGGUGGACAGAAUGAAAGAACUGGAUAACCAGCUAAAGGCAUAUGAUUCAUGUCAACAGGUAGAACAACUUGGAUGGAAUGAAGAAAACAUAAUCAGCUGUAUGGAAGCCGAUGAUCCCGAACUCCAUUCAGAAAUACACAGUCUGGAAAAUCUAAUGCACAUUCAGGAGAAGUUGAAUUAUCAGAAAAUUCUUAUUAGGAAGUUGUCAGAUGAAAUUAAAGUGGAGAUGCAUUCUAUGUGCAUACAAGAAGAUGAAGAUGUUGUCGAAGAAGAUUACACCGACUUGCAGGCUAGUGUUAAACAAGAGAUAGAUGAAAGCCUUCAAGUGGGAUUACGACUACACAGUCUCUACAGCUAUAUUCAGAAAGACAUCCAGUGUAAUGAUUCAGUACUGCUUGAACAGAAAGAAGAAUAUCAACUCUUAAAGGAUGAGCUAAAAUCAGUAUGUGCUAGCAAUUCGAGCAGCUCUUUAUGCCACACACCUGAACAAUACAUGUAUUCAGAUGAAAGCAAUAGUAAAGAAAUACCUUGUAUCACUGCUGUGUUGUCCAACAUGAAUAUACAAAAUGAUACAGAUUCAGAUACAGGCAUAAGCUCCACACUUAGCCAAGAAUCGGAGCCUAGUCAGUGACAUUUGCUGUUUCUGUUUUGUCAAUUGUACAAAAUAACGGCAUGAUCCUUGCUUUCAGUAUUCCUGAUAAAAGGCUUGAAAAAGGCUCCUUUAUUGGACUGAGAUGUUGCCCUGAACACAAGUAAAUAAAAGUUUUUUCUUCUCUGGAUCUUUUGAAGUAUUGAAAAACCAACUGACCAAAAACAUUUACCAAAAACUGUAACAUCACUACAAUAAACAUAGUUGAGGCGGUAUGACAUUUUUACAUUUUAAAAAUGAUGGGUAUUCAUUCUUAAGAAAGAUAAUCACAAGAAGACUGGUAACUACCAUUUGGGCUAAAUCCUCUUAGUACUUGGGCUAGGUUUUUACACAGGUUUUUUUCUGGCAUUUCUGGCAUCUUCAUAUUUCCCAUUCUAUUUGAAUACAAUUCUGGCUUUGGCUCAUAUACUGCAGUGGUAUUGUUUCAAAAAAUGCCAGAAAAAAAAUACUGUGUGGAAGCCUUGUCUUAUGAUACCUUUUUAAAAUAAUGUACAGUAUUAUUUAAACAUAGGAAAAAUGUAUCGCCCUUGAGUCCUAGAAUGGAUACAAUUGUAGUAAACUCUCAGCUGGUAAAAGUAUUAAUAGUAUGGUUUUUAGAUUGUAGA